AUGUCCACUAUGACCACUCUCGAAAGGAGUCACUCCUGUACCUCCAGCACUUCGCUCUCCAUGUCUAGUCCGCGUCUCUCCGUUUUACAUGACACCACACCCGGCUCCGAACUCUCGCUUAUCCAUCUGCAUGACCGAAUGAACCAACUCGACUCGCGCGUCUUGGAAUUACGCUCCACCGUUUUGACCAAAGAGGGCUAUGUCGACCGCCGGAACCGUGAAGAUGAACAUAUUCGCCGUGAAUUCGAAUGCCAUCGCGCUAUCUCCCAACGCAUCGAUCUCAAUGUCGUGGCUCUUCGUACCGAUGUCGACCAGAUCAAGACGAGUAUCUUUCAACUCAAGUCCAGUAUCGGUCAAUCCGGUACCGAGACGGUUUACUUACGCGGCGACGUGGAUCGUUUGCAAAAGACCAUUGACCAGUUGCAAGUCGACAUUGAAUCGAUCAAGGGCGAGGCUUGUGCCACGCGGAUUGAUAUCAGCAAAUUGCAGACGGCCUCCAAUCAGCUCCGUACAGAUCUGAUGACUCUGGACCACAAGAUCUCCCGUCAAUAUAAUGCCUUGAACUCGCGGAUGGAUUCAAUUGAAUCACAGAUGAAGUAUGCCGAUCGAGUCCGGUUCAACUCUCUGGCUCAUACGGUUCACGCUCCCAUCAGCCCCGUCCCGGUGAUUACGGAUGACGGGGCCCUCGAAUGGCCCCAAUAUUUCCCACGUACCGUGUGGAGAUUCUGGUGCCUCAAGAAACGAAGCCGAGUUCAUCGUUUGGUUGAACUCGCAGAAUUCUACCAACUGGGUGAUUACCAGGAUUGGUGCCGCAUGCAUCCUACCGACAUGUUUGCCGACGACAGUGAUUCCAGCAGCUCCAGUGAUGGCUCUUGUAGCAUCACUCGCGCGGAAGCUGUCCGUCGGUAUCCCGAGGCUGCACACCAGGCCCUGGCUGCCACUCUAGGUCUGAUCUACUAUAAGAUUCGUAACGAGGUCGGUGAAGGACCACAUGGUCCCAUCACCGCACGUCCUCCAAAGCGUCAGCAGGAGGACGUGGCUUCGACAAGCACCAGUAACAAGUCUAAGCCCGUGAAGAUCCCCCGUCGUCCCAGUGUCUCCGACACAUUCUUACACCGCCUGGUCACCGGCGGUCCCUCCGUUGAGUCGAAGUCUUCAACCUCUGAAGAAUUCGACAAGUUGGGGUGGAACCCCUUCGCCGACGUCUCGGAUGAUGCUAUGAGCAAACUCCGGGCGAUCGACCCCCAAGACAUUGGCACCGUGUUGCGGGCCCUUGAGCAGGGUCGUCUGAAGCUUAAGCCCAGUCGAUCCGAAAAGCUCAACAUGUCUCCCACAGAUUCAAAGGCUAGCCAUCCAUUCGGUGGAAAGACUUCCGAGCCCAUCGCUCAGGAAGACGUGGUGCCUACCGUGCCCAACACGGUACCCACGCAGCCUAUCCAUUCAUUGGACAGCAGUAAGUCUGCUUCCGUUCCGGAUUUGCCGGAAACUGCCUCUGAGGCAGAUAGUUCAACUUCUUGA